AUGGAUUUCACAGAUACCGGAAUCAACAGCUCGGAUACUCUGAUCUCUUCGUUAGACUAUGACCUACUCCGACUCCGUAGCCAGAUAUUCGAUGCGGUUUAUCGGAAAACCGAUUUGAUUAGAGCUAACCAUGAGUUAUCUCACGAGAGAGAUGCGCAUAAGCGAAGAAACCGGGAGCUCGAAUCUGAGUUCUCAGAAUCCGAGAUGAUUAGAGAGGAAAUAACGAGAGAUCUGCAAGUUUCUAAAGAAAGAGUCAGUGAAUUGGAAGAAGAAACGAAGGAGAAAUCCAGAGUACUUUCGGAAAUUUUACAAUCUGUGGAUGCUCGCUUGUCUAAAUCGAUCGGAGAAGAAGAGGAAUAUAAUAACUCCAGAACAGUCUUGGAGUUAGUCAUGGAGGUUGAAACGAAGGUAGAGAGGGUUAUGGAAUCGAUGGAGAAGAAGAAGAUGGAGCUACGUAGAAGUGUGGAGUUGUUGGAAGAUGAGAACAGAGACAUGAGUGUCUUGCUAAGGGCUGCUUUGUCUGAGAAACAUACUGCAGAGAAGCAAUUGAAAGAGACGAGUGAGCAGAAGAGAUGGGCGUUGAUGCAAAUCGCAGAGCGAGGGUGGCAGAGAAUAGGGUUUGGUUUUGGUGUCAGGGAAUCAGUACAAGAUAGCUCAGAAAUGCAAAAUCUUGGCAAUGACGACGAAGGAGGAGAAGAAAAUGGUGUGGUUAUAGCAAUAGACAAGACAAUAAAGAAUCUACGCAAAGAGAUUUCUCAGCUGAAGCUUUCAUUGGAGGAAUCAAGGUUAGAGGAAGAGCGAUUGAAGAAAUUUUCAAAGAAACAAGCACAGAAACUUGAGGAGAACGCAAUGUAUAUCGACAAGCUGCAAAAUCAAGAGAAGCUUCUAACUCAAAACGUGGAAGAGCUAGGGAAGGUAAUAAGAGAAGCUGAAACAGAAGUAAGAAGAUGGAGAGAAGCUUGUGAGCUUGAAGUUGAAGCUGGCCAGCGCGAGGUCGAAGAACGCAAUCAUCUCAUAGCGGUUUUAAAGGCAGAGGUUGAGAAGAAGAGAUCCGCAUUGGCAAUAUCUGAAGGGAAACUAAAACUGAAAGAAGAAUUAGCCAAAGCUGCAAUGGUAGCAGAAGAAGCAGCUGAGAAAACGCUGAGAUUAGCCGAGAGAAGAAUAAGUGAACUUCUCAGCCGCAUUGAACAUCUCUACCGCCAACUGGAGGAAGCAGAGUCUACAGAACGCAGACGCAGAAAGUGUAGGUACAUUUGGUGUUGGCCCUUGUGGCGUUUUCCUACAGCAGCUUCUGGUGUGACAGCUACGGACGAUUUUUCAUGCAUAAGCAAUAGAGCAUUGUUGCGAUAUGAUGUAUGA